GCCGAAGAGGCCCCCGAGGCGCGGCGGACCCCCGGGGGAACGGUGACAGCUCUGGUGGCCCGUCAUCAGCAGGCGACGCCCGCAUGUUUGAUUCCCAGGAGAGAGGUCGGGGUCCCGCCAACCCCUAUAAGGCCCCCGAAUCACCCUGCGCAUAUAAGCGGCUUGGGGUGAGGAAUUUGUUUACAUUAAACGCUGGGCACCAGUCGGGCCAGGCAGUGGGGGGAAUUGGCGGUUUAGGCCCUUAUAAAGCUCCCUAGCGCCGACUGAAACAAGACAUUCAUAGCUAUAGCUGG